CUGGGCUCUUGCGACCCCGCGGAUGGCCAGAUCGACGACCACGGAGACGGUGGUUUCACCGUUAGUCCUUCAGCCAUCGAACCUCGGACAUCGGAAACCCUGAGCUACACUCGGUCAGCAAGUGACUCUGAGCAAUUGACAUCUAAGCGGUUUUCCGCAGCAUGUCUGGUGAGUUUACUAUCUCGUGAGGCUGGUGUAAGGCCUUUGAUUGACGUCAUAUUUGCUCUACAAUUCAAUCGUCAUAUAGGCGUGUGGCUUAGGGUAUAA